UAUCAGAGAAUGCAGGUCUGUUAAGCCAGCAGGGCGUCACUGGGAGGGUGGGCAUUCCAUACAUGGGACAUCCCUCGCCGGUCAGAUACGCCCAAUCCAGAGGUUUUACUUAAAAAAAUGGGAUCUCGGUCAAGUCAACGGGCAGGCAGCGUGUCCGAGGUAACAGGAGCCAGGACACAGGAGGUGGGGGCAGAUCUGAAGCAGGUAGAGAAACAGAAAAGGCAAAUCUUCAUUCGUUGCAUGGAUUGUGCAAACUAUGUAGUUCUUUGCUUUCAGGAAUCAGGAGUCAUAUAAAAAAAGAAACAGGUUACUUUGCAUUUUGAGAACAAUUUUUUAUGAAUUUUUAUGAACUAAUCGUUUGGUGCUAAUAGUUUGCAUAGCAACGUUGCUUUUCCUGUUCUCACCAUUUGCAUGUGUACGUGCUUUAUGCACCUUGUUGACAGAAGUUGAAAAGAUGUCUGAAGAUAAGAAAGAAUCAUCAACAGAUUUGCAAGGUGAGGAAGGUCUUGGCGAAGAAUUAGAUCUUAAAAGCGCUGAGGUCGAACUUGAUCCUUCUGGUGAAGAAGACACAGCAGCUGCAGAAAGCUCACCACUCAAUGUAGAAGAAAAGAAAGAAAAUGGGGAGUGGAGCUCAGGACCUUUAAAAGAGGAAAAGAAGAUCAGUGAUGGGGAGCCAGAGCCCCUCAUGGACCCAGAAGGGGGGAGCAAGGAGUUUGUACCCCCAGAAGGUGGCUGGGGAUGGGUGGUCAUGCUGGCAGCCAUGUGGUGUAAUGGCUCAGUAUUUGGCAUCCAGAACGCCUGUGGGGUCCUAUUCGUAUCCCUCAUUGAAGUGUUUGGCUCUAAGGAUGACGAACAGCUGAGGUUCAAGACAGCAUGGGUGAACUCCCUGUCUAUGGGUAUGAUCUUCUUCUGCUCACCUGUUGUCAGCAUAUUCACAGACGUAUUUGGAUGUCGAAAAACAGCUGUAGUUGGUGCAGCAGUGGGAAUCAUCGGCCUCCUCGCCAGUUCUUUUGUAAGCUCGUUGGAGCCUCUGUACUUUACCUAUGGAAUAAUAUUUGCCUGCGGCUGUUCCUUUGCUUACCAGCCAUCUUUAGUCAUUUUGGGCCAAUAUUUUAAGAAACGCUUAGGACUUGUAAAUGGUAUUGUUACUGCUGGAAGCAGCUUGUUCACUGUCUCUUUGCCCUUCAUUCUGAGUUACCUAUUGGAAAAUAUCGGGUUGUUUAACACCCUCCGUGUGCUAUGCAUCCUCAUGUUCAUUCUAUUCCUGGCUGGAUUCACCUACAAGCCGCUCGGGCCCAAACACAGCCAACUGGAGUUCAGGAAAAAUGGCAAAUUCAAAAUUCCACCUGCAAACAAAAUAUUCAAUUUCUCCAUUUUCAAAUCUAGGAGUUACUGUAUUUGGGCCUUUGGGAUUCCAACAGCACUUUUUGGAUACUUUGUGCCUUAUGUUCAUUUAAUUAAUCACGUAAAGGAGCGCAUUGGAGGAGAUGUAAAGGAAGAGGUUCUCUUACUAUGUAUUGGAGUUACAUCAGGAGUUGGCAGGUUAAUCUUUGGGAGAGUCGCUGAUUACAUUCCAGGUGUAAAAAAAGUAUAUUUACAGGUCGUUUCCUUCUUUUUCAUUGGUCUUAUGUCAAUGAUGAUUCCGGUUUGCCAUAACUUUGGGGGGCUGAUUGCUGUUUGUCUCUUUAUGGGCUUAUUUGAUGGUUGCUUCAUAUGCAUUAUGGCACCAAUUGCAUUUGAACUUGUCGGACCAGAGAAUGUCUCUCAAGCCAUUGGGUUUUUGCUUGGCUUUAUGUCCAUUCCAAUGACUGUGGGCCCACCAAUUGCAGGUAUACUGCGUGACCGCCUCGGCUCCUAUGAUGUGGCGUUUUAUCUGGCUGGCAUUCCUCCUAUAAUUGGAGGACUUAUACUGUGCCUGAUUCCUUGGAUCCAUGGAAGGACUAAAAUAAAAACAGCACAAGCUGUUAAUGGGGACACAGAAGAGAAAAUGCUGGAUAACGCAGUCAGCACAUUGCAGCCAGGCUCAGCUGAGAAUACCAAUAAAGAAGACAUAUCUGUUGUGUAAUCACCACCCUUUACAAAAUGAGAAAACGCAGAUUUCCCCCCCCCCCCCCAUUUUCUUCCUUUCUUAUUUUUUAUGACAAUUACUGAAUGUUAUAACUGGUGCUACAAUCCCAAAGCUGUAAAAUCACAGUAAGCUGUCUGCUCGCUGUUGCUCAGAUUAUGUCAGUGCUAUAAUAAGGUACUUUAUAAAUAGCCAGACGCAGCAUAUCAGAGCAACCGUGUAAGUGUGCAUAUCCAAGACUGAUAGGCAAUGUGAAUGCUAGAAAAGGAAUCUCACACAUAACUUCAGGAAACCUCUAAGAGAUUACUUUAAGGCAAUGCAGGUUAUAGCAUUGUGCAGACAGUGAUAUUCUCUAGAACUGCACACAGAUUUAUCUGCAUCAAAUGUUGUUGUGUUUUUAUAUAUAUAUAUAUAAAAAUAUAUAUAUAUAUAUUAUAGUAUAUAUUGUAGUAUAGAAAAAAACAUUUUUUUUACUUCCCUUAAAAGUCCCCCCAGGACUUUAGCCUUUCAGUGCUAAUUAAUAUUGGCAUCACUGCCCAGAAUUUGUAUUGACAGUAUGUUAAUAUCACCCUUUCUUACCUAGUUUUUUUUUCUGACCUCAGUGUGACUUUGUAUUUCUACACAUAGUAGUCACAAAUGGAGUAAGUACAUAAAUAUGUAAAGAAGUGUUAACCGCAGGGUAUUUCCAGCAUGAAGUAUGAUUACGCACACAAUCACACACAUGCCAGAAUAUCACCCCCAACCAUUGCUCUCCAAAUUACCAAAGAUAGUAUGGGUAGGAUUAGGGGUAGGUAUUUUUACCUCUAUUUUCUUCCCUAUAUGAUAUAAGUAUCCACAAAAGAGGGCUAGAUCCUAUGUAGGAGUUGCUAAUUCAAAAGUGCUUAGAGCUUGGCUUUAGAUCAGAAAACAGAGCUGAUGGCUUAUAUAUAUGCACAUCAGAAAUCAGCAGUGUUUUAUGCAGUUGCUGUUUUUUUAAUAUUUUAUUCAAGAGCUGUCUGGCUCACCUUUUACUUGUUAAGUAUCAACCUGUGUUUUGAUUGGACAGUGAUCCAUUGAGCUGGUUUAUCUAUUACUUGAUUGCUGAUAAUCCCAUAUAAUAUGGUAAACCAUUGGAAGAAUUUUCACCAGUGCCUAAACAGUUAGGAACAAGCUUAGACUUGAACUAGCUGGAACAGAGUAGGUAAAAGCACAGUCUGAUAUUUUUUUAAAUAUAUAUGAUAUUUUUUAAAUAUAUAACUUUUUUAUUUUUUAAAACGAAUAGUAACAUUUCAGUGACCUGUUUUUUUAGCUAGAAUGUAUUAGAAUACAAUUAUUCCAAAGUGUUCUUAAUAUUUAUUGACUUGGGGCUAAAAAUGGAUAACGACUGUUUUUGGGUUCCGGUUUAAUAGCAGUUUUACAGCAGCAAUAUUACAUUAUUUUUGUAUUUACUGUAGCAAUUAGCAAAUUGCUGUAGACGCUGGUCACAACCACUGAUCACCACAUACCAUAAUUAUAAUAAAAUACAGACUGCAUUGACGUAUGUUUUCUUCCGUGGAGCAAACUUCUGUAGAUUUUGCAACUGCACACUAUGGGUCCGAAUUAUCAUUGUGCGGACGGACAUGAUCAGCUGUAUCGGAUCAUGUCCACCGCACAUCAGUAAAUGCCGACAGCAUACGCUGUUGGCAUUUAUCAUUGCACAAGCAUUUCUAGUGAAAUGCUUGUGCAAUGCCGCCCCCUGCACAUUCGCGGCCACUCAGCCGCUAGCAGGGGGUGUCAAUCAACCGGAUCCGAUCGGGCUGAUUGCUGUUCGCCGCCUCAGAGGUGGCGGACGAGUUAAGGAGCAGCGGUCUUAAGACCACUGCUUCUUAACUCCUGUUUCUGUCGAGCCUAGAGGCUCGCGCGGAAACAGCUGCAUACGGGGAUUAAUAAAUCGGUCCCUAUAGCUGAAUCUGUUGUUAAUAAUAUAUCUAAUUAUUUAAUAUAUAAGCAUACCAAAAAAUGUCUGAUUUAUGUUAAACAUUUGUUGCUGUGACAUAUCUUAUUUUUUACAGCUUUUGAUGGCUCAAAAUAUGUUUGAUGUGCCUGUAAGAAAAAAAGUAAAAGUAAUUUCAUUCUAAAAUGUCUGUAUUUCUGCUCCAUUUAUGCAAUGAUACAACUUAAAGUGAUAUAAAACCAAAAUGUUUUCUUUCAUGAUUCAGAUAGAGCAUGCAGUUUUAAGCAACUUUCUAAUUUUCUCCUAUUAUCUAUUUUUCUUCUCCUGGUAUAGUUAUUUCAAAAAGUAGGAAUGUAAGCUAAGGAGCCUUCCUAUUUCUUGUUCAGAUUGCUGAUUGGUGGCUACAUUUAGCCACCAAUAAGAAAGUGCAACCCAUGUUUUGAACCAAAAAUGGGCCGGCUCUUAAGUUUAAAAUUCCUACAUUUCAAAUAAAGAUACCAAGAGAAGGAAGAAAAAUUAAUAGGAGUAAAUUAGAAAGUCGCUUAAAAUUGCAUGCUCUAUCUGAAUCAUGAAAGUUUAAUUUUGGCUGUAUUGUCCCUUUAACUGGAACAAAACAUUUCACAGACCCUUAAGAAUUUGGGAAAUGACAUGUUUUUUUUUUGUUUUUUUUUGCUGCUGCAAUCAUUGGUUUUAUUAAAAGAUAACAAUAACAGACCCAGUAAAGUAUUUGUUGAUUUUUAUUUGGAUUUUAAACCUGACACAAUUUUAAAAUGCUUUGAAGGUCAACAAUUAUAGGUCUUCUACAGAAAUAAGAACAAUCUGUUAAAUAAUGCUGUUGCUAUUUGUUCUGCAAUCUGUUUUCUAUGUUUAAGCUCUAAAAGCAGCUAUUUAUGUUGCUGCAUAUUUGAACAGUGUUGUAAAUAAAUUACUUUGACUACAA